AUUUGAGCCUGCCGGCUCGCCGUUGUAAACUCGGCGGCCAUCUUGUAUGCGGUUGUGGUGGUAGCGGCGGCGGCUCCUUUUCGCCGGCUUCAGGCCUUUCUUGUUCGGGGGUGCUGCUGCGGUUGCGUGAAAGCCAUGUCUGCGGAGAGCCCGGAACCCGCUUCGGCGGAGGAGCAGAAGGAAAUGGAUGACAAGGUGAUUAGUCCUGAGAAAGCUGAAGAAGCAAAGUUGAAAGCCAGAUAUCCUCAUCUGGGACAAAAGCCUGGAGGCUCCGAUUUCUUGAGGAAGCGGCUUCAGAAAGGACAAAAGUACUUUGAUUCUGGGGAUUACAAUAUGGCUAAAGCAAAGAUGAAGAACAAACAACUCCCUACUGCAGCUCCUGAUAAGACCGAAGUUACAGGUGACCACAUUCCCACUCCACAGGACCUUCCACAGCGGAAACCAUCUCUUGUUGCUAGCAAGCUGGCUGGCUGACUAGACUGGCAGAACUGCAUGAAUCUUCUCAUUCCCUUAAUCUUUCCUUAAUAGUUACUUCUCACAUUUUUGUUUCCACUAAGUCAUUGACUGACCGCUUUGCAGGUAGUGGUAGCGUGUGCUGCUAUUGUAAGAGAGUCCUGUUAAGAAUUAAGUUGUGUAGUCCUUGGAUGAGUUGAGAACAAUGCACUGAUUUAAAAAGGACACAUUUUGUUAGAGCAAUGUAAAGUAAAUCUACUUGAAAACUGUACAUAUUACCUAUUUGCUAGUGUAGGGCUGGUUCCAGCAAGUGAUAUAGCAAUUUUUAAUGUUUCUGCUUUCCUUAGUUCACUUUAAUUACAAUGUAGUAUGUUUGUAUUGAAUACAACCUCUUGUUGUGUUUCUUCUUGUGUUCUGGUUUGUAAACUAGAGGUUUUAGACUGCAAGUUGCUAGAAGGUAAAGCAUGUAUUAAAAAAAGAUGGGGCUCUGACUUAAUUUGUGUAUUUGCUCUUGAACUUGAAUGGCCUUAAACCUAUUUCAGCUUUAACAAUAGAUUUUUUUACUUGGGCAAUAUUUGCUCAUUUUGGUGUAAUUCUUGUAAACCUUGUGCUUAUUGACAACUGCCUGUUGAAGCUGGUAUUUCUUUUGGUCCUGUAGUGUAGAACACAUUUUUAAGUGAAUGAAGUGUGCAUGUGCAUAGACUGAAUUCACUUUUGUGCCAUUCUGUAAAUAAGAUAGAUUUGCACAAUUUUUGCAAAUACCUGUUAACUUUACAUUUUAAAAAAUGUGCCAACUAGAAGCACAAAUUAUUCUGUACCUUUGCAAGUCAACAUUAGAGUCAAAAUUACCAUACUAAACAUAACAGACUUGUAUGUUUAAGGUCUGGAAAGCACCUGAAGUACUAUGCUAGAUGAACUUUGCUAGUACCUCCCUUCUGUGUGUGUCAACAAUGGCCUACAGUGUUCAGUCUGAAUAGAUACUAUAGAUACAAAACACUUUCUAGUAUUUCUGAGGCAAGUAGUUCUAUUUCAAGGGGAAUAAACUAGUUUAAAAGCAGGUAUCUCACAUUAAGCAACUUGUAGAUCACACUAUGUAGGGUUUUCCAGUGCUAUUAUACGGUCUUUUAGCUUAUUAUAAAAUCUAUAACUUUUAAUAACUUGUAUGAACCACAGGAGGUUUGGAAUGUGAAAAUAUGGGUAAACUGCUGCUAUUGAAAGUCUCUGACACAUAAAGGACCUCUAUUUUAGAAGUAGUUGGUUUUUAAAAAACCCAACCCUGUUUUUUCAGAUUGGGAAGUAGAAUGGAUUGAUUUUUUGUAUAUAUGGUACCAUUCAUGAUAAAUAUGCUAAUUCUUUGAUGCAGUAAAAAGUGCUUUGUCAGUGUAUAUUAUAAAUACUCUGCAAGGGCCUGUCUUAAACUUUUGGGUAUAAAUAGAACUCUAGUAAGUGUAUAAAAUCUAGCUGACAUCAAGGAUAGCAUUUUUAUCUGUCUUAAAGAAUUUCAGUCUACUGUCUGGCAUUUUCACUCUUAGUGAAAUCAGAGAAUCAGAUGCUUAGUUCCCUUGAAUUUAAAGAGAGUGAGACAUGAGAGCAACUUUCCCUUUGUUGCAAUUGGGCAGCUAUUGUCUUGGGACUCUUUCAAAGCAUAGUGAUAAAGGCCCUCUAACAAGCACAUUUAAGACAAAUAGUAAAUCAUGUUAGCCACCUCUGACCUUCUUAGAUGAGAAGGCCUGGUUUUCAAAGGUAAUGCAACCACUAUCCCUCAGAUUUUGCACCCUCUCAACUUUUAAAAAAUCUAACCCUGAUGCUGUAUGGAAGUUGAUAUAAUAGAUGGGUGCCAGGUUUAGGUAUUCUGGAAAUUAAGGUUAUUUGUGCAGUUAUUUUCAUAGCAUAUCAGUUUUUGUCUAUGAAUAGUUAGCAAGGCCUAUUCUCAUUAUAGCCAGCUUUGAUUUGAUCUCUCUGUGGCAUCUCAACUGGAGUAUAUUCAUGGAAAGAGACUUAACAGUGAAGUUGAUACUUUUAGCUGUUACCUUGGAGAGUAGAAAACCCCAUAACUGUUCCAUGCAAAGAAGAACAAGCUUUUAUGGAGGAUUGUCCAAAAAUAACAUUCAAUUUAUUUUUGUAUAAAUAGAAGUAAACAUUAGGCAUUAUGAGAAUUAACUGUGGCCUAAAACUAGUAGUUCCUAACAGAAAAUGACUUGGUGUAUUUUCUAGUUGCUACUGCUCCACUAGAUAGUAAGAUGAACUGGUAUGCCAUGGAGGAAGUAUAUUUAAAGCCAUGUAAAUCUAAACAUUCCAUUCCCCCAGCCUUAGACUUCUAAUUUGUAUUAUUGAUAUGACUGUGCAAAUUGUGAUGUCUACCAAUCAUUGAUCCAUGAGAAUAUAUACAACAGUAUGAACCAGUUCAGUCUGUUCUGAUGGUGAUCCUGUGUCUCUGGACAAACAACAACAGAAGAUAGUUUGGUCAUCUACAUUGUUAGGGAUACAAGAAGCUAGAUCAACAAUCAUUUUAGAAGAUCAAAUAGAUGGUUAACUUGCAACUUUCAGCUAACUCCAACAAGAUAAAGCUGUAAAGCUUGUGUAUAUACUGUAUAAUAUGAAUUUUACCCUUUGAUAAUGACCUUUUUCAGAGAUCUAUCUGCACUAUAGUUUAGCAAUCUAUUUGCUUUAUGCAGUGAUUAGUAGUGCUUAAGUAUGUCUGUAAUGAAGACAGGAUGUAGUAGCCCCAAACUGUUUCCAGUAGAUACUAGUGAUCCAAAAGUGUUCUCCCUCUCACUCCCAUCCCACCCAUUCAUCAUUCAUCAUCACAAAAGAGUAUGAAUGCAGAGGCCACAAAAAGACUGUUUGGUUUGAUGUGUUCCUUAAUGCAUUUCUGAUGCUCCAGCGUUAAAUUUCAGUUGCUCGGCACCAACAUCACCCUGUAUAGUACACAUAAUAAAUUCAACUAAUUAGUUUUCAUUGCUCUGUAGACGUUUGUCUGGUCUUUUACUGUGUUUCCCCCAUAACUGUAUUGAAUCUUCUUUCUGGCUAAAGAACAAGUCUACAUAAGACUUGCUUUGCACUUCUAAGAAACGAGUAUGUUGGCCUCUUUUCUAGUGUGUGCUCAGCUAUGAAAUGAUAAAAUACUGUAACUGUCUUUAUAUAUACAUCACUACUUAUUUUUCUAAUAGCAUUAAAGCUUAUUGUUUGACUUUAA